AUGUACGUCAUAGCCAUCUUGGGGAACUUUUCCAUCCUGUUCACUGUGAAGAUAGAAUCAAGCCUCCAUGAGCCCAUGUACUAUUUCCUCUGCAUGCUGGCUGUCAAUGACCUGGUCGUGUAUACAUCCACCCUGCCCAAAAUGCUGGCAGUCUUCUGGUUCAAUUCCAGGGAGAUAGAUUUCAGUGCUUGCCUCACCCAGAUGUACUUCAUUCUCAUCUUCUCUGUGAUGGAGUCUGGAAUCCUCGUAGCCAUGGCUUUAGAUCGUUACGUGGCCAUCUGCCAUCCCCUGAGACAUUCCACCAUCCUGACAAACCCCCUGGUGGUCAAGAUCGGCCUGGCCGUGGUGCUGCGUGGCGGCAUAAUUAUACUGCCCUUUCCCUUCCUAGUGAAGCAAUUGCCCUAUUGCAGAACCAACGUCAUCCCCCAGCCGUUAUGCGCACACAUAGUUAUGGUGAACCUGGCCUGCACCGACACCCAUGUUAGUAGUUACUACGGCCUCUUUGUGCAAUACUGUGUGAUGGGUCUGGAUGGGAUUUUUAUCGGGGUGUCCUACACCCAGAUCCUCAGGGCCAUCUUCAUCCUCCCCACAAAAGACGCCCGGCUCAAGACUUUGGGGACCUGCAGCUCCCACCUUUUUCUCAUUUCAGCCUUUUACAUCCCAAGUAUCUUCAUCUCCCUCAUGUACAGAUUUGCCCAAAAUAUGCCCCUGCAUUUCCACGUUCUCAUUGCCAAUGUGUACUUCUUGAUGGCCCCAUGCUAA